ACCCAGAAGCUCAGCUUGCGGAGAGCAGCCUUUCCCUUUUCGCCCUGCCUAUCUGAACACUGUAACACAAGAUACAUGGCACACGGUGCUCCUGCCUAGGAUCGUCCCCUCGUCUCGCCUCGCCUCGCCUCGCGCACCAGCCUAAUUUCCUCCAAUGUACGGUAGUACGCGUGUCUCAGCUCGACCUUGACGCGAGCCCCCUAGCACCACGGCCAAGGAAGCGUUCAUGUCUCCUUCCUAGCGUAAGGGUUGCUGGUGUUGAGUCCUCGGCGUCCCGAUACAGUUUACCAGCUUGAAGCGUUUUUUUCGUUUCAAUCCACCACUGCUUGCGGGCUCGAUGCGGUGAACUGAAGUCGGUUAAGGGAGGAGACAGAGAGCCUGACUUGCCCGCCCUCCAAUAGGAGCGACAGAGGCAGAGCCAGACUUCUCCCUCCAAAUAUAUACGUUCAGCAGAAACAGUUGUUUUCACAUCAGGCAAUCGCAGUUACUACUACAAUAGCAUCGGGCGCAGCACAGUGAUCAGAUUCAGAGUUCCUGGCCCCCUGCACAUUGCAAGAGCUGACGCUAAUUCGACGCCUUGAUAGAAACCGUUGGGAGUGGCGUUCAAAAGGCCAGCCGUUCGACGAGUAAUCCUCACCACGGCAUCGUCAGCACAGGUUCUUUUUGCAUCGUCCCGUCCUUCUGCAUUCUAAAGCCGUCGCUCGACUCGACGCGCAGCACUGUUCCAGUUUCAGUUUCAGAUCCAGUUUCAGUUUCUGUUUCGACAGCUCAUGGCGUCCUCGAGCCUCACACUGCAGCCCGUGCGUUCCUCCACGGCACGCAACCCACUCCGCGCAGCGGCUUCUGCUUCCCCCGCUGCCCCUGCCGCCGCUCCCCGUCGCACCAGCAGCGUCACCGACCCUCUGCGAGCAUCUGUCGCCGACAGGUUCCUGUCGCACGAUCUGCACCUUCGAUCGCACAGCCAGUCUUCCGAAUCUUCUGCCGUCGUACGGUUCCCCUCCGCCGUUUCUGCUCCCGCCGCCGGCGAGCAGCGCGUUGGUGACUUCCCCCGCUAUGCGCACACCCGUUAUGAUUGCGUGGCGCUGCCGCGAGCCGCCAGCGACUCGACGCUUUCCAGUAUCUACUCGCGUGCACCUGCUGCUGCCACUUCCUCCGGAGGUGAUGCUCCCGCGGCGGCUGAGGCGAGCUACGCGCUCUCAGAGCCGCUCUGGGAAUGGGAGGAAGCGACUUCCUCAGGCGACGCUGGCGAUGAUAAGGAGGAGUCGCACGGCGACGACGGCGACGACGACCUGCCUGGGAUCUCGGGGCGCGUGUACUGCGACGUGCUGGCGGGCGGAGGCGCUUCGCCGUCCGGCGAGCGACGGGAGACGGCGGAUGAUGUGACGGAGUGGCAGCAGCUGACGCAGGCCGUGCUGCUGUGCCUGUCCGGUGCAACGGCAGCAGAGAGCCGGCUGGAGGAGAGCGUCAACGACGUGCUGCGAGCCCUCGCACUCGCGCAGUCGCAACCAGAGUCUCAGGGCGUCGCACAGCCGCAGAGGGGAGAGAUAGAACGGGUGCAGACACAGCAAGCUGUGGGUACAGCAGUAGAGGGAGAGGCUGAGAGCAACAGCAGCUGCAGUAGCAGCGGCACGGCGGCGGGUUGCCCGGGGUGCGCCAAGGCGGCGGAGAGGGUGGCGCUGGCGGCUUUCCUUGCUGCCAUGGGGCAUGACGUCAUCCUCUGCAAAUCCAUGUGGACGGCCAACCAGGACAUGCCACCUGGCCACCACCACUUUUUGGAAGUUUCACUCGCGAAUUCAGAUAGCAGUAACAGCAUUGGAACCUCCAUCCCAGAAGCAGACAGCCGUGCUCCGCCAACCUUCAGAAGCAGCAGCGAUAGUCGCAGCAGCAGCCGCAGCAAUGGCGCUACCGCCAGCGCCGUCCCCUCCCCCUGCGGCCGCGCGGCGGCGGUGGUGGACGUGUCGUUCCAGCAGCAGUUCCACGUGGCGCGUCCCUCGCGGCGCUACCAGCAGCUGCUGGCGCUGCUGCCGCGCGUGUUCGUGGGGUCGUCCGCGCGCCUGCGCGCCCUCGUGCGCCUCAUGGCGGCAGCGGCGCAGCAGUCGCUGCUCGCCGUCGCGCUGCCCAUUGCGCCCUGGCGUAAGGCGCGCUACAUGGCCAAGCUCUGGUUCCCGCAAGGGGGGGGUGCCACCGCCGCCGCCGCUGCUGCUGCUCCUACUCGGAUCGUCAGUGGUGGCAGUGGUUCUGAUGGGGUUGCGGCGGGUGGUGGCGGGGUGGAGGGCAGUGUGCGUUACGGCGUGGUGCGCAGGCGAGUGGUGUGGGGGGCUGUGGUGAGUGGCGCAGCAGGUGCUUCUGAAGUGGGCGUGGCUAGCCUGCUGAGACAGCUGCCGCUGUGCUGCAAACACGCAGAGAGGAGCAACAGCGCUGCACCAUCAUCAUCAACAUCAGCAUCAGCAUCAGCAUCAGCCUCCUCGUUGCUGGACCCGCGGGUGCAGCUGAUGGCGCACCGGCUGCUGGGUGCCGAUGCUGCUGCAGUGGGCAGUGCAGCCAUCACCACCGCACUGCACCGCAUCCGACUUAUGAUGGAUCAACUCAGCCACACAGCCUCCACUACUGUCACACCCACCACAAGCACAUCCCGCUCUGUGCAUGCCUCAUCUGCAUCUUCUGCUGCUGCCACCACCACCACCGCACCCCCCUCACCCUUUGCCCCAUCGGCCCCUGGAGCAUGGAGCCCUCCUGCUGUGUCGCCCGGGCAGCGCCCUGCCACGCGAGAGGGGUCGCUCACUCUGCUGCUGCGAUCUCAGGAGAGGCAGAGGAGGGAGCAGAAAGAAGCCCCCAUGGCAUUCCACAUGGCCGCUGCCUUGUGAUGUUGACCUUCUCAGAUGGCUGUUGCUGAUUGAUUCUGCUUCACCAGUACUUGGCUCCUCUGGUAGCUGCGCAUUGCGCUAGCUGCCAGAAAGCCAACCGACAAAACAAUUUUUUUGUGCCCUACACUAUGGAAUGUGGAUAUUGUAUAUACAGUACCGUACAUGUCACUAUACAAAUGUUAGUUUA